AUGUCGACCAACAAUGCGCCGCAGCCCGUCAAACUCUCGCUGCCUCUGGAAUACCAGCAGCAGCUGUUCCAAGAGCUCCGGUCUGAGGAUGAGCUCGUGAUUCUCGCCCGCGGCCUGGGCCAGAUGCGCCUUGUCACAAACCUCCUCCACUCUUACGAUGCCGCCGGGAGCAACCUCAUUAUUCUCGUCGGCUCGAGUGAGCGCGAAAACAACUGGAUUGGCGAGGCGCUGGCCGAGCAUGCCGCCAUCAGUGCGUCCCCCAAAGCACGGGGCUUAACCGUCGUCAACACCGACUCCCAGACCGUCGGUGCUAGGGAAAAGAUGUAUGCGAUUGGGGGCAUCUUCAGCAUCACGUCUCGAAUCCUCGUGGUCGAUCUCCUGACGGGACUGCUGAAUCCCGAGCUCAUCACUGGUCUUGUUGUCCUUCAUGCAGAUCGCGUCAUCGCUACAUCUCUCGAGGCGUUCAUCCUCCGAGUGUACAGGCAAAAGAACAAGGUUGGCUUUCUCAAGGCCUUUUCAGACAACCCGGAUCCGUUUACUACAGGAUUCUCACCCUUGACCACCAUGAUGAGGAAUUUGUUUCUCAAAAAGGCGUCUCUUUGGCCGAGGUUUCACGUCACAGUGGCUCAGUCCCUCGAAGGCAAGAAAAAGGCCGAGGUCAUUGAGCUCGAGGUCCCCAUGUCGGACUCGAUGAGAGACAUUCAGAAUGCCAUCAUGGAGUGCGUCGAGGUCAGCAUCCACGAGCUCAAAAAGGGUAAUUCGGGCUUGGAAAUGGACGACUGGAACUUGGACAGUGCCUUGCUCAAGAACUUUGACGUCAUGGUUCGUCGCCAGUUAGAUCCAAACUGGCACCGCGUCAGUUGGAAGACACGCCAGAUUGUCAGCGAUUUGACCAUUCUUCGUGGGCUUCUCAGCAACAUUCUCACUUAUGAUGCUGUGUCCUUUCUUCAACACCUUGAUACAAUACACGCCGCGCACUCCCCUCCGCCAGGAUCGACUCGUCAAUCUCAGUCGCCAUGGCUGUUCUUGGAUGCUGCGCAGACCAUAUUCGACGUCGCACGAAGGCGAGUCUACUCUGCAAAUCCCAAAAGCGUAUCACAGAGUGGCGAAAACAUUGAUUCUCUGCGGCCCGUUCUGGAGGAACAGCCGAAAUGGGGCAUCCUAGCAGAGGCUUUGGAAGAAAUUGAUCGAGACCUCUUCUUUGAGCCCAAAGUUCGAGAUGACUCUAACGGGAGCAUUUUAAUCAUGUGCUCAAACACGGAUACGUGCCGGCAGCUCCGCGACUUCCUUCAGACCAUGCAUGUCAAGCCAAGGGCGGACAAAGAUAAGCAUCCCGUGGUGGACGACUCCGAGUUUGAGCGCGAACGUGCCGAGGAAGCUCGCAGGCCGUCGGCAAACUUCAUGCUGAGGCGGAAGCUUCGAAACUAUUUGAGAUGGAAGAGGCAGUUUGCGCAGGUCAGCGCCAGCCUGUUUGCCGAGAAUCAAAAGGCCCUCAACAGCGCCACGGAUUCGCGGCCGGGAUUUGGAGGUGGCGUCAGGGGGGGCAAGGCACCUUCAAACAAAAGGCGGAGAAUGCGAGGCGGCGGAAAUUCCAUGAUCAUGUCCGGGCGUACCGACAAUGGGAGCAUUGCCCAGUAUUUCGAGAAGCCAGGAGAGGUGGCAGAUCUGAUGGCAGAAGUCCAGAUCACGGAAGAGGAAGCACUCCAGCAGAAGGAAGACAUUGCUGCCGAUCCGCUAGAGAACAUGGAGGACUACUACCAGCUGUACGAGAUGCAAGAUUUGGUUGUUGUCCACUCCUACGAUGGAGACCAGGAUGAGCAUGUGCUGGAGGAGGUCAAGCCACGGUACAUCAUCAUGUACGAGCCUGACGCCGCCUUUAUCCGCCGCGUGGAAGUGUACCGGUCAUCUCACAAUGACCGCAACGUCAGGGUCUACUUUUUGUACUAUGGCGGCUCGGUGGAGGAACAGCGGUACCUGUCCUCGGUCAGAAGAGAAAAGGAUGCCUUCACCAAGCUCAUCAAGGAGCGAGCCAGCAUGUCGCUGGUCAUGACGGUCGACCCGCACGGAGUCGAGGACCCGCAGGAAGCCUUUCUGCGCACCGUCAACACCCGCAUUGCCGGAGGCGGUAAGCUGGCGGCCACGGCGGAGCCGCCGAGGGUCGUCGUCGAUGUGCGAGAAUUCAGGUCCUCGCUGCCGUCUCUGCUGCACGGACGCUCCAUGGUAGUGGUGCCAUGCAUGCUUACUGUAGGCGACUACAUCCUGUCGCCGAACAUUUGCGUGGAGCGAAAGUCCAUCAGCGAUCUAAUUUCGUCCUUCAAGGACGGCAGGCUGUACAGUCAAGCGGAGACCAUGUUUCAGCACUACAAGACCCCCAUGCUUCUCAUCGAAUUCGAUCAGAACAAGUCCUUCACGCUGGAGCCCUUUGCUGACCUUUCCGGCAGCCUCAGCAGCGUUGCUCCCACCAACGUCUCGUCGGAUCUCCAAUCCAAGCUCGUGCUGCUGACGCUUGCGUUCCCCAAGCUGCGCAUUAUCUGGUCAUCCUCACCGUAUGAGACUGCUGAGAUAUUCGCCUCGCUCAAGACGCUAGAGCACGAGCCCGAUCCAAUUGCAGCAGUGCAGGCGGGCCUAGACAAGGAUUCCAGGGUGGAGGACCAGGUCUUUAAUCAGGAGCCUCAGGAGAUGCUGUCCAUCGCGCCGGGCGUGACGCCGCAAAACGUCAAGAGCCUCAUUCUGGACACGGAGAAUAUACGGGAGGUGGCCAACAUGACGGAGAAGGAGCUGGAGCCGAUAGUGGGCAAGGCAUCAGCCAGACAAAUCCAUGGCUUCUUCAACAGGAACGUGAUGGAAGAGGACGACUAG